AUGAUCUUAACAGCUGAUCCAAAUAUCCGCUUUGAAAAUCUUGGCCUCGCUGCCUUGAACCGCAAAUCAGCUUACCUCGUCCAGUGUGAGCUGCCGUGUUAUAUGACCGGAAAAACCCCGCUUCCUAAGGAUGUCAUCCCACCCAAAGAUGUUACUUGUCUGGAUACGAAAAUUUUCCUGGACAUCCCAGAUGUCACCAUCGACGGCAAGAAAUACUCGGAAAUCGACUUUAAGACUCAAGGCAAAGAUCUCACCCCGGCAGGGUAUGCGUUGGCCACCUUCACCGCGGGCGGUGAUAAUACCGCAGAGUCUUUGGGCACGGCCAACAAGUUGUAUACCGCCGUCAAUGCCGCUUUGAGGGAUCGGGGGAACAGAUCGAUCCUCCAUCAAUUAAAAGUAGUCGAUUUCUUCAUCGGCAGUCAAAUCGCAGCCACUCAGGGCCCAGAGGGCAAAAAGAAACAGAUCCGAAACCUAAACAAGACCAUCAAAAAUUGCGGCCAUUGCACAGCCGAAGAGCGUCAGAAGUUCCAGGACAUGCUCACUAAAGCAGAAGCCCUCUAAUUCAUCAUCGUCUGUAACUAGUUCUUUGUAAUCCAUUCUCACUGGCAAAAAUAGAACAGAGCUCCAAAUCGCUCGUAACUCGUUGAUCG